AUGGAGCUCGAGAACAUCGUAGCGAACACGGUGCUACUCAAGGCCCGGGAAGGUGGCAGCGGGAAUCGUAAAGGCAAAAGCAAGAAAUGGCGGCAGAUGCUACAGUUCCCCCAUAUCAGCCAGUGCGAAGAGCUGCGGCUCAGCCUCGAGCGUGACUACCACAGCCUGUGUGAGCGGCAGCCCAUUGGGCGCCUGCUGUUCCGAGAGUUCUGCGCCACGAGGCCUGAGCUGACUCGCUGCAUUGCCUUCCUGGACGGGGUGGCCGAGUAUGAAGUGACCCCUGAUGAGAAGCGGAAGGCGUGUGGGCUGCGGCUCAUGCAGAAUUUUCUGAGCCACACGGGUCCUGACCUCAUCCCCGAGGUCCCCCGGCAACUGGUGACAAACUGUGCCCAGCGGCUGGAGGAGGGACCCUGCAAAGACCUCUUCCAGGAGCUUACUCGGUUGACCCACGAGUACCUGAGCGUGGCCCCUUUUGCCGACUACCUCGACAGCAUCUACUUCAACCGUUUUCUGCAGUGGAAGUGGCUGGAAAGGCAGCCAGUGACCAAAAACACCUUCAGGCAGUACCGAGUCCUGGGCAAAGGCGGCUUUGGGGAGGUAUGCGCCUGCCAGGUGCGGGCCACAGGCAAGAUGUAUGCCUGCAAGAAGCUGGAGAAGAAGCGGAUCAAAAAGCGGAAAGGGGAAGCCAUGGCACUCAAUGAGAAGCAGAUCCUGGAGAAAGUGAACAGUAGGUUUGUAGUGAGCUUGGCCUAUGCCUAUGAGACCAAGGAUGCACUCUGCCUGGUGCUGACGCUGAUGAACGGAGGUGACCUCAAGUUCCACAUCUACCACAUGGGCCAGGCUGGCUUCCCUGAGGCUCGGGCUGUCUUCUAUGCGGCAGAGAUCUGCUGUGGCCUGGAGGACCUGCACCGGGAACGUAUUGUGUACAGGGACCUAAAGCCAGAGAACAUCCUCCUAGAUGACCAUGGUCACAUCCGCAUCUCUGACCUGGGGCUGGCUGUGCACGUACCCGAAGGCCAGACGAUCAAAGGCCGUGUGGGCACCGUGGGCUACAUGGCCCCAGAGGUGGUAAAGAACGAACGGUACACCUUUAGCCCGGACUGGUGGGCACUCGGCUGCCUCCUGUAUGAGAUGAUCGCAGGCCAGUCGCCCUUCCAGCAGAGGAAAAAGAAGAUCAAGCGGGAGGAAGUGGAGCGGCUGGUAAAGGAGGUGCCCGAGGAGUACUCUGAGCACUUCUCCCCACAGGCCCGCUCACUCUGCUCCCAGCUCCUCUGCAAGGACCCCUCUGAACGCCUGGGGUGUGGUGGGGGCGGCGCCCAAGAGGUGAAGGAGCACCCCCUCUUCAAGAAGCUGAACUUCAAGCGGCUGGGAGCUGGCAUGCUGGAACCACCCUUCAAACCUGAUCCCCAGGCCAUUUACUGCAAAGAUGUUCUGGACAUUGAACAGUUCUCCACAGUUAAGGGUGUGGAGCUAGAGCCCACUGACCAGGACUUCUACCAGAAAUUUGCCACAGGCAGUGUGCCCAUCCCCUGGCAGAAUGAGAUGGUGGAGACCGAGUGCUUCCAGGAGCUGAACGUCUUCGGGCUGGAUGGCUCGGUUCCCCCAGACCUAGACUGGAAGGGCCAGCCGCCAGCACCCCCCAAAAAGGGACUGCUGCAGAGACUCUUCAGUCGCCAGGACUGCUGUGGAAACUGCAGCGACAGUGAGGAAGAGCUUCCCGCCCGCCUCGAGCUCCCCACCCGCCUCUAG